UUUGACGGCUCGUUAAUAUAGGUUGACAAACGACUUUCGUGCAUUCAAUUAUCCUGUCACUCCCUCUCGAAUUUGUAUCACGGAAUAUUCGAAACGAAUGUGUUCCAGAUUGUCUCCGGAAAAUCGCAAAGCUAGUGUUUGCGAAGGACAGUGUCCUGAGAGUGAAGUCUCGAGGCCAACUGAUUGCGAAUAUUACGGAGAAUGUAAAAGAACGAUAGAUAUUGAUCAAGAAGAUGAUCAAUUACCUUCGCGAUAUUUGGAGCAAAGAAUCUUUCAUUUAUUGUUACCAGCGAUAGAAGAAACUCUUAUAGAAGCAUCGAAAUGGAACGCUCUUCGAGUACAAAAGUGUCGCUUCAAUGGUCUCGAUUAUAUCGCGGAGCUUUUGUGGAAUCGGAAUCCACGUCGUUCGAAGAUAUAUUCGCCUAUGCUGAAUGUUUUUGAGAUACCUCCGUUUAAAGAAUACCUGCUUAAACAUCCUAGACCGUAUUACCCAAAGUCGUGGUUAUGGUCUGAAGAGGAAGCAGCGUUGCAUAUACAGAGAUAUGUACGAGGAUGGUUGGUAAGGAAACGCGAGGACGUUCAAGAGAUGAGGCAAUUCUGGAAGGUAAAUAACAUACUUUAUAUUAGUAAUAUCACGUUAUAUUAUAUCUAUCGUUUAAAACAGGAUAUCGCUGGGAAAAAUAUAUUUGGUGAACCUGAUCAGUCGCUAGGAACAUCAGGUAAACUUUUCUUUAUACCUGUGAUGUUAACACAGCUACCAGAAGAUAUGAUUGCAGGUGAAAAACAAGAUCCAAAAUUGAUCCGCUGUGAAAAGUAUCGUUCGAUGUUUCUCAAGUACAGAACGAGGCGAUUGAAAACGCUUUCUGAUUCGAAAAGACAGUAUCAAUAA